CGGAAUCUUUAGUGGUGGCAACUUUAAUCAGUAACCAGUGUAUUGAUUCUGUUGCUCUCCCUGGGUGUAAGUAGCUACACCUUCGAUAUUUCCUGUUCUGCAAGGUGAAAAGAAAGAUUAUCACCGCAACAUGUAACCAGUGCUAUGGAGUGACAGUGAAAGGCAAACUAGUCAGGACGUAAUUUAAGAGAUCUUGUCCAGCAUUGUAAGAGGUGCAGACUCCAGUGAAGAUGGCAUUUGAGUGGACAUCAAGAGCUGUACUUCUUUAUGACGAGUGGAUCAAAGAUGCUGACCCUAGGACAGAAGAUUGGCCCCUCAUGUCUUCUCCACUCCUUCAGACUCUCAUUAUUGGCAUGUACAUUUACUUUGUAACGUCUCUGGGCCCCAGGCUCAUGGAAAACCGGAAACCUUUUGACCUCAAGCAGAUCAUGAUUGCCUACAACUUCAGCAUAGUUGUCUUCUCUGUAUACAUGUGUUAUGAGUUCCUAAUGUCUGGCUGGGCUACAGGAUACUCGUUCCGCUGCGACAUUGUGGAUUACUCAAGUUCACCCCAAGGCCUGAGGAUGGCAUGGACCUGCUGGCUUUACUACUUUUCCAAGUUCAUUGAGAUGUUAGAUACAAUCUUCUUUGUACUCCGGAAGAAGAACAGCCAAGUCACUUUCCUCCAUGUCUAUCAUCACUCAAUUAUGCCCUUCACCUGGUGGUUUGGUGUCAAGUUUGCUCCAGGUGGACUGGGAACAUUUCAUGCACUUGUGAACUGCAUUGUUCAUGUAAUAAUGUACACAUACUAUGGUCUGUCUGCAAUGGGACCAGCAUACCAGAAAUACUUGUGGUGGAAAAAAUACAUGACCACAAUUCAGCUGGUCCAGUUUGUGACGGUCACAGUCCAUAUUGGGCAGUUCUUUUUCAUGAAAGAUUGCCCUUACCAGUUUCCUGUUUUCCUUUACAUUAUAUGCCUCUAUGGGUUAGUCUUUUUAGUGCUGUUUCUUAACUUCUGGUACUAUGCUUACACCAAAGGCUAUCGACUUCCAAAAGCCAUAAAUAACAAUGUGCGUGAAAAGAAAGGGCAGUAAAGACUUUGACCACCAACCAAUUCUUUAUGCUGUAGACAAUCUCCAAAGCAAUAUGUAAUGAGCAGUACUGUGCAUUUUUAUACCUUUCAUGAAGUAUUUGAUUAUAGAUUUUUAUAUCUUGAAAAUUUUGAACAAUUGCCAGUUACCAAAGUAAAGAACCAAGAUUUUUUUCCAUUUUAUUUUAAAUAGGAAACUAUAGAUGAGUUUUGAAUGGAGUUCUCACCUUUUUUUCCAGUUUCAUUAAAUGGUCAAGGCAAUAGCAGCUACUGUAAACGCCUGAACCUCACAGACUUAAGUUUGUUCACACUACAGGGUUCUUACUGAGAUGUGUUUUCUAAGUAAUAUGUAUGUUUCUGGGGUAAUGGCUGGAACUGCCGGCUUCCUCUUCUUUAGCAUUUUUAUAUUAAAACAAAUCUGUAAAUUGUAAACUUUGUGAAUAGGGUAGCUUCAUUGAGUAAAUUAAAGCAAGCAUUAACGUUAGCCUGUGAAACUUGAAAUUGCUUUGUACUUCACUGAUAGUCUGAAUGGGCAUAGAAAUGUUCUCCUGGAAAUUUGCCUCAUGGAGAUUGGAAAGCCAAGAGUGAAAGGGGUUUUAUUCCCCAUUUUCCAGAGAACAGUGAUAGUGGCAUUGCACAGAUUUCACUUUUUGAAGUCCUUUCUGUGAUGAAGUUAUGACUAGACACCACUGUACUCUGAACUUCUUCACACAGCAAAUCUGAUCAUUCAACUGUGCUUGCGGAUUAAUUUAUGCAAAAUAAUGCUACUCAAAACGUUAAAGGAAAAGCGUUACUGAAUAAGAUCAGGUUCUCAUUCAUUGCUUUUUUUGGUGGCUAAUCAAACAAGACCUAUUUUACUCAGUUGUUUUGCAUUGAUCCAUAAGUAGACAAGCAUGUAAUUUAAUGGUUUUGUUCUUGCAGGAACCAGGCAUGAAUUUAAGUCUUUUACUCUAGUCAUGCACACAUGGUGAAUGAGGGCAAGGAAAUAAUACUGUCAACAUGUUUUGGCAGAUUCCAUGCAUAGUCUUUAACACACAUGAAACUAUUUUCAGAUUUGUUGGUCAGUGCAUCAUCAUGGACCUUAAUGUAUCUUUACUUGCCAAUGUCAGUGUAGUCAUGAAUGUCUUUUGCUGUAGACAUGAUACCACCUUUAAUAUUGUAAAAAAUAGGUUUAUUUUUUGUAUGUAUAUUUAUGUGCCAAAAUAAAUGAUUUAAAAUAUU